CGAGUCCCGGCGGAGCGGAGCCCGGCGGCGUCCUCGUCAGCACGCCCACGGGGAGCCCGGCGCUUUCCUUCAGCAAACACACACCCCGCCAAUGUUGGCCCCAUGAGCCUCUGGGAAGUGCCGAUUCACAAUGGGAACAACCAGUGAUGAGAUGGUGCCCGUGGAGCAGGCCUCCUCGGCCUCCUCCCUAGAUCCCCUGUGCUUCGAGUGUGGCCAGCAGCACUGGGCGAGAGAAAACCAUUUGUACAACUACCAGGGGGAGGUGGAUGAUGACCUGGUCUGCCACAUUUGCCUCCAGCCCCUGCUCCAGCCGCUCGACACACCCUGUGGACACACGUUCUGCCACAAGUGCCUCAGAAACUUCCUGCAGGAGAAGGAUUUCUGUCCACUGGACCGCAAGAGGCUUCAUUUCAAGUUGUGUAAGAAAUCUAGCAUCCUGGUCCAUAAGCUUCUGGACAAAUUACUGGUCCUGUGUCCAUUUUCCCCCAUGUGCCAAGAUGUAAUGCAGCGCUGUGACCUAGAGGCACAUCUUAAAAACAGGUGUCCUGGAGCCUCUCACCGGAGAAUCGAUCUAGAGAGAAGGAAAACUAGUCAAACUCAAACACAGAUUGAGAGUGAAAGUGGAUCCACUGUAAUAGAUCAUUCAGGCACCUCGCCCACAGAAACGGAGUGUUUGGGCACCGUGCCUGGAGAGAGAAACUCAACACCGGCACCUCUUCCUGUGUGGACCGAGGAGCCUGGCCUGGACAACCCUGCCUUCGAGGAGAGUGCUGCAGCUGACUCUGUACAGCAGCCGCUUAGUUUACCAGAGGGAGAGAUCACCACCAUUGAGAUCCACCGUUCUAACCCGUACAUCCAGUUAGGAAUCAGCAUUGUGGGCGGCAACGAGACACCACUAAUCAACAUCGUCAUUCAGGAAGUCUACCGGGAUGGAGUCAUCGCCAGAGAUGGAAGGCUCCUUGCUGGAGACCAGAUUCUUCAGGUCAACAACUAUGACAUCAGCAAUGUGUCCCAUAACUAUGCCCGGGCCAUACUUUCCCAGCCCUGCAGCACGCUGCAUCUGACAGUGCUGCGGGAGAGGCGCUUCGGCAGCCGUGCAAACAACCAUGCCGAUGGCAGUGUGCCGCGGGACGAGGUCUUCCAAGUGCUACUCCACAAACGUGACUCCGCAGAGCAGCUCGGCAUUAAAUUAGUCCGAAGGACAGAUGAGUCAGGUGUUUUCAUUCUUGACCUCCUGGAAGGGGGAUUGGCAGCGCAGGAUGGCAGGCUCAAUAGCAAUGACCGGGUGCUGGCCAUCAACGGACAUGACUUGAAGCACGGGACCCCAGAGCUUGCUGCCCAGAUUAUUCAGGCCAGCGGAGAGAGGGUGAACUUAACAAUUGCCAGACCAGGGAAGUCCCAGCCCAGCAAUGGCAGCCGUGAGGCUGGAGCACACAGCAGCAGUCAUGCUCAGCCACCUUCGCACAGCCGACCAAGCUCACACAAGGACCUCACUCGGUGUGUCACAUGCCAGGAGAAGCAUAUCACUGUAAAGAAGGAACCGCAUGAGUCCCUUGGGAUGACGGUUGCUGGGGGCAGAGGGAGCAAGAGUGGUGAACUGCCCAUCUUUGUGACCAGCGUGCCACCCCACGGCUGUCUUGCUCGAGAUGGCAGGAUCAAGAGAGGUGACGUGUUACUGAACAUCAAUGGCAUUGACCUGACCAAUCUAAGUCACAGCGAGGCUGUGGCCAUGCUGAAAGCCAGCGCUGCAUCUCCGGCUGUCAUCCUCAAAGCCCUGGAAGUCCAGAUAGCCGAGGAAGCAGCCCAGGCCACCGAGGAGCAGCCAAGCACUCUCAGUGAGAAUGAGUACGACGCCAGCUGGUCCCCGUCCUGGGUUAUGUGGCUCGGGCUGCCAAGUGCCCUUCAUAGCUGUCACGAUAUAGUCUUACGAAGAAGCUACUUGGGAAGCUGGGGCUUCAGUAUCGUGGGCGGAUAUGAAGAGAACCACACCAAUCAGCCUUUCUUCAUUAAGACCAUCGUCUUAGGAACCCCUGCCUACUAUGAUGGAAGAUUGAAGUGUGGAGACAUGAUUGUAGCCGUCAAUGGCCUGUCGACUGUGGGCAUGAGUCACUCUGCUCUGGUUCCCAUGUUGAAAGAACAGAGGAACAAGGUCACUCUGACAGUCAUCUGCUGGCCUGGCAGUCUCGUAUAAAGUCUUGACGUUGGGUUCCAGUCUCGAUUCUUCCUGCAGGCUUGUGAAGGAAGCCCCUCCAGUGUGGCAUGUCUACUGGUCAGCAGACACAGGGCCGAAGCACUGGCGUCACCCUGUGUUUCCUCUUUGCUCAGAAAUCAGCUCCUGCCAGCCCUGGGGGCUCAUAUUUCAGAUGCUCUCCGCGGGCUGGACGGAAGUGGUUCCUGUGCCUGCAGUAGGUCAGUCAUGAACUCAGUUAUAUUGGCAACUCCUCCAUCCGCAGCAACUCCCUGCAGCAUCCGCAGCGCUCUCUGACCUGGAAGCAGUGCUGUGAAGGGGCGCAUCUUAGCUUUUCCUCACGUUUCAUUGGUGCCAACAUUUCAAGAUUUUUUUAUACCAUUUAUAAAAUGACUUUUUGGUUGGUUCUACUGCAAUCUUCAGUACUCAAAUGAAGACAUAAAGCUGACACCCCUGAUGAGACUUCUUUUUAAAUAAUGUACUGUGGUUAAAAUAGUAGAGAUUCAAAAAUAAUGCUAUUCAAGGAACAGAGCGGCCUGGGAGACGACCUCUGGAGCUGGCAAAGCUGCAUUGCCUGGACCAGAAGCACAGGAUUCUGUUCAAAAGGAGAAAGCUUUGCUAUGAGGAAAAGUUCGGAGAUGUUUUUCUAAAAGUCAUUUCUAGAGUUUAUAUUUAUCAACAAUCUUGUCUGGAGAUGUUUUUGUGAUUUAUGCAGUUGAACUAGGUGAUUAAAAAACAUUACUUCGUAAACACACACACACACACCACAGCUCAGUUGAAAGGGAGCCUUUGACUUUUGUUCCUGUGUAUUUUAGAAGCCCUUAGUUUCCCCAAGAGACCAAAAAGCUCUGGUUUUAUUUUUGUUUUUAAUCUGAAAUAGUAGACUUUAGUUGUUAAUAUCUUCAGCUGUUGCUCACUAAACUUUCUUUUUCUUUCUUUCUUUCUUUUUUUUAAUGUUUUGAAAACUAUGUUUGUCCUUUAUUCAACACAGACGACCCUCAGACCGCGUAAUGAGAAAGUAAAUAAGAAGAAAGAGAUCUUUACCUGGUUAAUAUUUGUACUUGAAAAGUUUCAUUUAGAAACCUCAUUGAGAAUCAGAGCUAACGUACACGUGAGCUCAGAGGUGGAUGGCAUUGAUAAUCACAUGCUGCAUGGCCGGGCGAGCCACUUCCUUAGCCAGCACUGCUGGGCUUUGUAGCCAUGUCACUGGUUCUUCCAGUUCAAUUUAUAUUAAGAAACCAAACAGGUCUCCCUGUGAUAGAUAAAGAGUUGACAACUAUGGUUGCUACUGGCUUGUUCAGCCCGGAGCUCCCGAGUCACCAUCCAGCCAGCCCACCAAGGGAGGGAUGUCCCCAGGUGUAGUGCUGCUCUGGGAAAAUCGCCUAGGAAGCAACUUGAUCCUGAAGUGCAAUUGAUGUUGAACAGUGUCUCCUGCUCCCCAGAUACAGUUUUGUAAUCAACCUUGCUACUUUUUAAAGACUUUGUAAAACUUGUCAUUUCUCUGGGGGGUGGCCAUCUAAUAGAUAUCUGCCACUUUGUUAUACAUAAAAAUACAUCUAACCUGG